AUGGCAUCUGGUACUGCGAGCAGAAAACAGCUCGUGUGCCCUAUGGCACAAUUCAGGGGGAAAGGGAAGAGGAUUACCCCAAUGGGACGUGGCUUGGAGAUGAAAAUAAUCCUGAAAUGCGGGUCCGCUGCCCCAUCACCCCCGCUGACAUGCUGCACAUCAGCACGAACUGCCGCACGGCCGAGAAGAUGGCCUUGACCCUGCUGGAUUAUCUCUUCCAUCGGGAAAUUCAGGCCAUCUCCAACCUUUCGGGCCAGGGGAAGCAUGGCAAGAAGCAGCUGGACCCUCUCAUGAUUUACGGAAUUCGCUGUCACCUAUUUUAUAAAUUUGGAAUCACAGAGUCUGACUGGUAUCGUAUCAAGCAAAGCAUAGACUCCAAAUGCCGAACAGCGUGGAGGAGGAAGCAGCGAGGCCAGAGUCUUGCAGUGAAAAGCUUUUCAAGGCGAACACCUUCCUCAUCAUCUUACAGUGGUUCAGAGGGUUCACAGAGCACCGUUUCAGCAUCUAAUGAGAUCCAGCAGAACCAGCCCCAGGCACUACACUAUGCACUAGCUAAUGCUCAGCAGGUCCAGAUCCACCAGAUAGGAGAAGAUGGGCAAGUCCAAGUAGGUCACCUCCACAUAGCCCAGGUGCCUCAAGGCGAACAGGUCCAAAUCACGCAGGACAGCGAGGGAAAUCUACAGAUACAUCAAGUUCACGUUGGUCAAGACGGGCAGAUCUCAGUCAAGAAGGAAUUGCGCACCGGAGGGUUUCUCCCUAUUCUCCGAGCAGCAGAGGGCAGCAGGACUAAGGUGACCGUCAACCGCAUCCCCAGCCGAGAGCUUCAGGAGGCCAGGAGGGAAUUUGCAGCGGGAGAAGCGGCGGCGGCUCCGCCGGGAGCCCCAGGGCCGCGGUGCCCCAGGCCGGGCGCGUUGGCAGCGCCGGGGUUGGCACCGCGCGCCGGGACAGGACCCUCGCUGGGCGCCGGCUGCUGCGGCGCUCCGAAAGGCUCUCCUGAUCCUGCACAUCUGCUUUGGAUAACACACACACAAACAGGCUCGUUAGGAGCAAAACAACCAGAGGAAAAGCCCGAUAUGGGACAGCUGGAACUUCGAAACCGCUAG